CGCAUGCGCAACGGAUAUACUCACCAAAAACCAUUGCAAAAAAGAGUAAAGUUUUAUUGUGGUUUUAUUUACCCAACUAUCAUUGCCAAAUCAACUAAGAACAUUUUGUAAAAUGACAUCAACUGGAACUGCUUUGUUUGGUUCAAACAUUGGCAACACAUCAAAAAAUUUAGUCGAAUUUCGUGCAGGAAAAAUGAAGUUGAACGGCACAACAGUAACUGCUGACAAACGAAAGGGUUUGGUGUAUAUCUAUCAAGGUGAUGAUUCACUUAUGCAUUUUUGCUGGAAAGAUCGGACGACAGGCACAGUGGAAGAUGAUUUGAUCAUUUUUCCCGACGACGUGGAAUAUAAACCCGUGAAGCAAUGCAAGACAGGCCGAGUCUUUAUUUUGAAAUUCAAAAUUUCUUCACGUAAAUUAUUUUUUUGGAUGCAAGAGCCCAAAUCCAACAAAGAUGAAGAGCUGAUGAAAAAGGUCAAUGAUUUUUUGAAUAAUCCACCAGCACCAGGAUCUUCAGGUGGAGGACUUCGGCAUUUAGGCGAUCAACUGAUUGGUGAUGCUAGUCUUCAAGGUUUAAUUGGCAAUUUGGAUCAACAACAACUGCUUCAGUUGCUCGGAAGUGGUCAAGGCAUGAGUGGUCUUAGUAGUCUUGCUGGCCUUGCGUCCCGUGGAUCUAGUGCUAGUAGUACAACCGCCACUGCUAGUAAACCAAGUGAUAGUGAGCCACCAGCUACAGGCAGCUCAAAGCCAGAACCAGAGAAGAAACCAGCUAAAAAGGAAGCAAGCUCAAAAGCUGAUGACAAGAAAGAGGCAUCCACUGGAUCAGCCCAAACUCCGGCUGUUCAAUUGAGCGAUCUACAAAAUAUUCUAUCCAACAUGGCUGGUAUUCCAAAAGUCCAACAAACCGCAGAUGCAGUGGAUCUGAAUUAUGUUAUAACACCUGAAAACCUUGCACCAAUGCUGAGUAAUCCAGAGUUUCGGAGAAGGUUAAUUCCAUUUCUGCCAGCAGGAGAAGAUCUUCCACAAGAAGAAUCACAACUUCUUGAAACAUUAAAGUCACCUCAUUUUCAGCAGAGUUUGCAUGCAUUUAGUGCAGCCCUGCAAUCUGGGCAGCUGGGACCAAUAAUGAGUCAGUUUCAAUUGCCUCAGAAUGCUAUAGAAGCAUUCAAUAGAGGAGAUGUUCAAGCAGUUGCACAAGCUCUUCAAGAAAACUCAAAAGUUGAAGAAAAUAAAGAACCCGAGAAGGAUGAUGAUGACGACGAUAUGGGCUUGGAUUAAACAUGUUGUCCAUAAUAGAUACUGUAGUGAAAUUAUUUGUUUAAUUACUCUUGACAGACAUAGACUUUAGUCACCUGAAAUCUUAUAAAACAUAUUAAGUUCAUGGGUUUGUUUUAAUGAAAGUUUAAUAUAUUUUUUCACCCUUCGCAUCAUAUACUUUUUCACUGAACUAUCACAAUGUGUUGUCAACAUGAAUAAAUGCCCAACAAACUGUGCAAGAGUACUAAAAGAUUAGGUUAAUAAACUUAGCACAAUCAAUUUGUGUCGCUUUUCCUAAAAAACCUGUCUGUACUUUGUUAAAUAAAAAUACCAAUCAGUUA